AUGUCUUAUCCCGAAUCACACUACCUCAGCCCCAUCUGGAAGGAUGGCCUCUUCAACGGCAAGGUCGCCUUCAUCACCGGAGGCAACGGCACCAUCUGCAGCAUGCAGGCCAGAGCGUUAGUCCGGCUCGGCGCCAACGCGUGCAUCAUUGGCCGCAACGUGGAGAAGACGGAUAAGGCGGCCAAGGACAUUGCUGCCGUCCGCCCCGGUGCCAAGGUGAUUGGCAUCGGUGCCUGCGAUGUUCGCAAUGCCGAGCACCUCAAGAAUGCUGCCGACCGCUGCGCCAAGGAGCUGGGAGGCAUCGACUACGUCAUCGCCGGAGCUGCUGGAAAUUUCAUCUCACCCAUCGAGGGCCUGAGCACUAAUGCCUUCAAGUCUGUCAUGGACAUUGACGUGCUAGGUACCUUUAACACCAUCAAGGCGACGCUGCCGCACGUACUGAAGAGCUCGACGCCGCGCAUCAUCUACGUAUCGGCCACGUUUCACUAUACGGGCCAGCCGAUGCAGUCACACGUUUCGGCAGCCAAGGCAUCGGUAGACUCGCUGAUGGCGUCGGUGGCGCUCGAGUACGGCCCGCGCGGCGUCAACAGCAACGUGAUUGCGCCGGGCGCGAUCGAGGGCACCGAGGGCAUGGACCGUCUGGGCGGCGAGGCGGGCAAGCAGCCCAACAACCCGCUGGUCAAGGAAAUUCCCGCAGGCAGGAUGGGAACUGUGCGCGAUAUUGCCGACGCGACGGUGUACCUGUUCAGCGAGGCGGGCAACUACGUCAACGGCCACGCGCUGGUCGUGGACGGCGGCGGCUGGCGCCGUCAGCCCGCGUUUACUCUGGGUGACGCUGGGUUCAAGUACCCCGACGUUUUCCUGGGUGACGACAAGGCCAAGCUGUGA